CCUCCCCUUUAUAAAAAAUAGCCAAUAGCGUGUGGUUUUAUCAGCGCUCUGUCAGUGAGAGUGGUUGAGCUCAAGCACAUCAAAAAAAGGGCAGAUGAGAAGCAUCUUGAAGGGGCAGAGACAUGUUCUUUAAAAGGUUCUUAAUUAGCAUUGAUGGUUCCACGAAAAGCCUCUAACAUCUACAGAAACUUUCGAUUGCAUAAAAGGUUCUUAAUAUAAUAAAAAAAAGAAUCUUUAAAGUAAGAAAAUGUGGUUCUUUUGGUUUAGGGAACCAACAAUGUUUUUUUUUUUUUUAAAUCACUGUGAAAUAACCUUUUUGGAACCUGGUUGCCCAUUACAGAUUACACAUGACAUGCCUCCUUCCAGCAGAUCUCUAUUUGUACAGAUGUGUGAUGGAGGAAAUAUGUCUUAUUUACACAGUUUAUAAGCUUUUUAUGAGUUCUCAACUAAUAAACAUGACACCACAUGUAUGAACAUACAGGUUAUUCAGCUUAACAUAUAGCAUUGGUUUGGAUGCUUGGUAAAUUCUUUUAUGCCAUACAAGUUGUUUUGUUCAUUUCUGAUCUUCAUGUAUUUUAUGAAAUCCCAGAGUAUGUUUAAAUGUUAAGUUUACCUAUUUGUUCCAAAAUACAAGUUUCUAUUUUAUAAUGAAUAUUUAGUUGUGAGACAGAAAAGUUAGUAAGUAGUUAUUUACAAUAAAGAAACAAUACAGAUAGUGACAAGUUUUAAGAAAUAAAGAUUACAACGGCUUGCCACAGAAGCACAGGUUAAUAGUCCGUAAAUGCGCACCGCUCCGCUUGGUCUGAUUGCCUGUAGUCUCCAUAGGGGAGGGAGUUUGGCGAAUGCAGGAGUGGUCAGAGACAGUGCGCUGGAUCAGCCGGGAACACCGGUAGAGACACUGCGGAGAACUCACACCACCAAGUUCCGGACACGGGCAUCUCCAACUGGCCUUUUUGCAACGUUUACAAUUAUGCUCUUUUUCUAUUUCGCGCUUGUUGCGCAACAGAACUUACGGAUCCUUUGAAGCCUUGGUCUUUACUGUCUGUUUGGUAUACAACAUCAUUUACGCAUUUGAAGGUGAAACCUGCGCUUACUUUGGUAUGGAGGCACUGCAGAGGCAAGAUGAGUUCUGAUACAGAUCAUGCCGCGAACUUCUUAAGCAAUGCGUCCUCCGAACUGUCCGACGUCUCCAAUUCUAAUUCCUCUGGAAAUGGGACCGCGCCGAGCUCGUUCAGCCUCAGCCGCGCGCUUCCACUGGGCAUGGUUCUGGGCGCUUUUAUUGUGUUUGCUAUCGUGGGCAACAUCCUCGUUAUUCUGUCUGUAGUGUGCAACAGGCACCUGCGCAUCCCGACCAACUACUUCAUCAUUAAUUUGGCGAUGGCAGACCUGUUGCUGAGCACAACUGUCCUGCCGGUGUCUGCCACGCGUGAAAUCCUCAACUACUGGGUGUUCGGGAGGAUCUUCUGUGACAUCUGGGCUGCAGUGGACGUGCUGUGCUGCACCGCGUCCAUCAUGAGCCUGUGCGUGAUCUCCAUCGACCGCUACAUCGGGGUGCGCUACCCGCUGCAGUACCCGAGCAUUGUGACCGAGAAGCGGGCACUCUUGGCCAUGCUGGGUGUUUGGGUUCUCGCCUUCGUCAUCUCUAUAGGACCCCUGCUCGGGUGGAAAGAACCCCCUUCAGAGGAUGACACAGUUUGCCUCAUCACAGAGGAGCCGUUUUACGCGCUCUUCUCCUCUCUGGGCUCCUUCUACAUCCCGUUAGCGGUGAUUCUGGCCAUGUACUGCCGCGUCUACAUAGUUGCCAAAAGAACCACGAAAAACCUGGAGGCCGGAGUGAUGAAGGAGCGCAUGGACUCCAACGAGCUGACGCUCCGGAUUCAUUAUAAAGGCUCUCAGACGCAGGAAGACUGCAGCAAAGGCCACUUAAGGAGCUCGCUGACAGUCAAAUUACUUAAGUUUUCCCGAGAAAAGAAAGCUGCUAAAACGCUUGGUGUUGUUGUGGGCAUGUUCAUCCUGUGCUGGUUACCAUUUUUCCUCGCGCUACCCAUAGGAUCAUUCAACACCAGUCUCCGUCCUCCUGAAACCUUCUUCAAAGUGAUCUUCUGGCUGGGCUACUUCAACAGCUGCCUGAACCCCAUCAUUUACCCGUGCUACAGUCGGGAGUUCAAGCAGGCCUUCAUUCGGAUCCUCCGCUGCCAGUGUCAGCAGAAGAAGCAGCAGGGCUGGAGGGCGUACAACUACCGCGUGCCUAACGCCAACCAUGUCUACUCAGACACCAGUUCCAUCUGCAUGAAUGGCAGCCUGCAGACCCUGGCUCCAUCGCAGCCCAGCCCCACGUUAUUCAGCAGAGUCGUGGGCUCCCGUCCCGCAUCCGGUCUCCUUCCAGGCUGGGGCCCCUGCACCUCCUCAUCCUCCUCGUCCCUCUCCGGAAGCCCGUUUCCUGGGAUGAUGAGAUCCGGCUCUCAGGCCACAAGUCCCUGUAAGUCCAACAGGAUGGCUUUGCUUUUUCCCAAUGGACAGAAUGGGAAACGAGAGGCAGAGCACGGGGUCAUUUCUAGACACACACCUGAGACUACAAUAUAGCUGGGUGUAAAUGAUGACUUUUCCGGCAGUCUGGAUGACAUUUUGUACCUUGUAGACAUGAAAAGCAUGGCGGAUUUUGGCAAGCAUGUCUACAAGAUGUCAUUUGAAAGGAGCUAUGUAAGGGAUAAUGCAGGGCCAUGACUGACAAUGACGACUUAAGUAGAGGAUAUGAUCGGAUAGAGAAACCCUCCAUCCCCAGCAGUUUUUUAUAUGGAUGCUUCAAUUGUUUUAAGGUCUGAAGUCUAAAUUAUUCUUGUUUAGUUUUUUAGGUGUACAUGAUAGUUUGCUGCAUGCGAUUAAUAAAUUUCUUCAUCAGAGCAGUAGGUUUGUAUUGUAUAAACAGGGUUAUCAAAUGUCUUUGAAAACUAAAAAAUAAAUAAAUCUGCUUAUACAUAAUUAACAAAAUAUAUGUAAAGGAUUAGUUCACCUAGAAAUGAAAAUUCUGUUAAUCCCUCACCCUCUUGUCCUUCUAAACCCCCUGAGAGCUUCAUUCUGAACACAAAUUAAGAUAUUUUAGAUAGAAUCCAGAGUAGAGUAGAGAAUAGAGUUCUCUGACCCUCCCCAGCAAGCAUUUUUUGUUAAAAGAUGUCUAAUAGACGUCUAUCAGAUGUCUCAACAUAGCCAUCUUGGCUAAAACAAGGCUGAAUUUGAACUGUAUGUAAAAAUCUAAUAGACGACUAAGAAUAGGUCAAAACUAAACUAGGCAUCAAAUUAACACAAAUGAAUGACUGCACAUAUAAAAUCUGUUUAAUCUGUCUAUUUAAUCACUAGUCUUGAGCUAUUCUUAGAUGUCUAUUACAUUUUCACUGACAGCCUUUAGCCUUGUUUUAGCCAAGUUCUUAUUUUUAGAUGUCUAUUAGACGUCUAUUAAACAAAAAAUUGUUUGCUGGGUCCAC